CACACACCCAGAGCCAGAAGAAAACAGUUAAACGGGACACCGAGGGCAUAAAAGGGAACAUUUACCGGAGACGCACAUACUGAACCGCGCAACUUUAAUUCUAUUCGUCUUCUCCACUUACUGAAACUCAUCGAGAUGUUUCCUGAUUCAACUACAGGGUACAGUUAUGAGGAGUGCAAGGCCACAGCUGAUUGGCUGUUAGCCCAGAGUCAGGUGCGCCCCCUGGUGGGGAUCGUGUGCGGCUCGGGUCUCGGUGGACUGGCAGAAAUGCUGAAAGAUCAGCUGGUCAUCAAGUACAGCGACAUCCCAAACUUCCCUCAGAGCACCGUGCACGGACAUGCUGGAAAGCUGGUGUUUGGCACCCUGAAAGGAAAGCCGUGCGUUUGCAUGCAGGGAAGGUUUCACCUCUAUGAAGGAUACUCCAUUCAAAAGACCACCAUGCCCAUCCGGGUCUUUAAGCUCAUGGGUGUGGAGACGGUUCUCCUGACCAACGCCGCUGGCGGACUGAACCAGGACUUUAAUGUGGGCGACAUCAUGGUUAUAAAGGAUCACAUCAAUAUUCCCGGCUUCGCUGGAAACAACCCGUUAGUGGGACUGAAUGACGAGAGGUUUGGCGUGAGGUUCCCGUGUGUGUCCGACGCGUAUGACCGCGGACUGCAGGAGCUGGCGCUCGAGGUCGCGGAUGAGCUAGGCUUCUCCUCCUUCAUGCAGAAGGGUGUGUACUGUGUCCUGGGCGGCCCGUCCUUCGAGACCAUCGCUGAGUGCCGGAUGCUGCGCUCGCUCGGGGCCGAUGCUGUCGGCAUGAGCACUGCGCACGAGGUGAUCGUGGCUCGUCACUGUGGCCUGCGUGUCUUCGCUCUGUCUCUGAUCACCAAUAAGUCAGUGAUGGAUUACGAGAGUGAGAAGAAAGCGAAUCACGAGGAGGUUCUGGAGACGGCGGAUCUGAGAGCCGCUCAGUUGGAGAAACUCAUCGCCAACAUGGUGUCCCGCAUCCAGAUCGGGAACUACAACACACAGUGAGAGAAUCCUCUCGAACACGACCGCGAGAGGCCGUCACUGGCACCAGUGUCCGUCACACACACUCCUUACAGCGCUUUACAACGUUUACAUUCCAGAGAUAUCGUGUUUUAGGGAACAUGUUCCCAUGCAAACUAAACACUCCAGCACGGCUCCUCCCAAGGUCCUGUCAGGUCACUAUUGUAGUGGCGCUUUUC